AUGCGCUAUGGGGGAAGAUCCGAUUCGACAUUGGAGUAUGGGAAGGGAGCGCAAGCUAACUUCCUCACGAGCAAGAAGCACCAGUACCGGAAGUGGGCGAACCAACCCGCGGAAGCACGGAACGCGGCGAACGCCACCAGCACGAUGUGGCGUAGGCUCGCACCGACGAUGGAGGCCUUCUUCCGCCUCGACUCCGACACGGCUUGCGACGAGCCCAACGCGCAGCAGUCGAAGGCUCAGGGGGUGUUCAAGGACGCGAAGAAGAAAAAGGUGAAUAAAAGUGGAUUCGGAACUCGUCUAAAAAUCUACAGAUUUUUUUGCUUGGGCAUUAUUGGUGUACUUCCAUUGAGCGAGAUCGCUCUACGUUGA